ACCCCAGAGUUGGACGCGCUUCAGAGUCUGCCAGCCGCCCCCCCUCCCCGCCCGGAGUGCUGGGUUUUUCCAGCCCGAGCCUCAUUCCCUCUACUGCAAUCUCAGGAAAUUGGUGUCUGACGCGGCUGCUCCUGCACAUUAUUUAUUGAAUUCCUCUGCCCCCGGGGAGACCCUCCUGUCAGGAGAGCUGCGACCCCGGGGAACGGAAGCAGGCGGGAAGCGGCGGCGGGGCCGCGGGGGGGACAGAGAGGAUGGAGCCUAGGACGGUUCAGCAGCCCCCAACCUGCUCAUCAAGCUCAGCGAGCCCCGCAGGGGCCACGAGCACCAGGCAGGAGGCCAGGAGAGAGGAGGGAGACUCCAGGAGGAGGGGACAGGAGGCAGCGCUUCGGGACCGAGCCCCCCUGAGCCAGCAGCGCCGGCUCAGACAGGCCACCCAGUUCCUGCACAAGGACUCUGCCGACCUGCUCCCCCUGGACAGCCUCAAGAGGCUCGGCACCUCCAAGGACUUGCAGCCGCACAGCGUGAUCCAAAGGCGCCUGGUGGAGGGAAACCAGAGUCAGUUUCAGGGCGAGUCUCCACCAGAGCAGGCCCUGAUCCACGGCCAGGAGAGGAGGAAGAAGACACAGAUUCCAGCUCUUCUUGUGAACUGCAAGUGCCGAGACCAGGAGCUCCAGGUGGCCGUGGACACAGGUACCCAACACAACCAGAUCUCGGCUGGAUGCCUCAGCCGCCUGGGGUUAGGGAAGAAGGUCCUCAAAGCCCCAGGUGGCGACCUGGCACCCGGGCCCCCCAUGCAGGUGGAGCAGCUGGAGCUACAGCUGGGCCAGGAGACGGUGGCCUGCUCGGCCCAGGUGGUGGAUGUUGAGAGUCCCGAAUUCUGUCUUGGACUGCAGACUUUGCUUUCUCUCAAGUGCUGCAUCGACCUCGAGCGUGGAGUGCUGCGUCUGAGGGCCCCCUGCUCAGAGCUGCCCUUCCUGCCUCUGUACCAAGAGUCUGGCCAGUGACUGCUGAACCAGUCAGUCCCCAGGGGAAGGACGUUGUCCUGGGAAAGAGCCGUGUUGGGGAAUGGGGCAUUACUAGAGCCAGGUACCUGGGACUACCACGUUCUGUCCCUUCUGUCACCACCCUGACCAUCCCAUUGGCCUCAGUCGGCCACAUUCCUCUCUGCUUCUCAGCAACUGCCCACUCCUCCAAGAGUCUUCCAGAGAGAGGGCCCAUGAUCUCAGGGGCCUGGCUUCCCUGUCCCCCUCCAAAUCAGGACUGUGGAAAAGGAUGUAAGCGUGAUGUGGUGGGAACUGACCCAAGUCAAAGGCUACAGCCCACACUGUCCUUUACCUGACUCCCGAUCCACCCCACACACCCCUCGGCGGCCUUCACUCCCAUGCCUCUCCCUUCCCGUUCUGGGGCUCAUUACCUCUUGCAACUAGACUGCCACGCCUCACCCACCAGGGGCCCUGUCCCUGCUGACGGCUACCUUUCUGAUUUUGCACACAUCUGCUUACAGCUGAGUGGAAGAAGAAACAGGAAACAGAAUGUUCCAGAACAGGAGGAAGGCAAGUUGGUAGAGGAGUGUCAGGCUCCCAAGGCUGGGAGCUUUCUUAGGUUACCUUUCCUGGGGUUGCAGACGUCAGAAGUUAGUUAUUACUUGAUUUCCCUGUGCAAAACUUUGGGGGUACCUCUAGCAUUUCUUCACAUGUCCCUCUCCUCCUCCACUUGCUUUUUUACAGAGCCCCUGAACUUCAGAGGGGUGGCAAGAAGCCCUGUCAAGAACUGCCCCCACAAGGUGGACAGGAUGGCAGGGCUGGCCACACUCAGACUUGGAACCUAACCAGUAUCCUUUCUUAUUUCUAGAACUACUCACCUCAUUAGACCUUCUUCCUUCCCCUCAUCUCUGGCCUCUUGAGCUUAAGCCUGUCUUAUUUUGGAAUCUUAUUUUGAUCCCUUGCCAGGCUCUGAGCCAAAGCCAAAAAAAAAAAAAAAACCCAAAAAGAAAAAAAAAACAAAACACCAAGGCGGCUUUUCGUCUUCACUAUGAAGAGAGGAACCUAAACCUUAAGGAGCCAGACCCCCUGAGCGUCUUUCUGGCAGGAUUGAGUCUCUCAAGUCACAGACUAAGUGGAGAGGAAGACAGUGGUGUAACUAACCUCACUAGGAAGUAGGACCUUGGGGUGGAAACAAAAUCUUGAGCCCCAGGUAGAGGAGAGGAGAACCAGGAUGCGACCCAGCUGCCCUGUGACAUCUGGUCUUGCCUUUCCCAGCAGAGUCCUCUGUCCUCAAAAGAAGAGGAGGGGGCUCACUACCACAUGUGGCAUGAUGAUACCCUGGUCCCUCACUGCCUUGCCCCAUAACCUCUGCUUUCCAGGCUCUGCCUGUUUCCCUCCUGCCUCCUGCUUCUGUAAGCGCAGACCGCAGACCCCAGACCCAGCAGCAGGCCUGCAGCUCAGCUGCUUCUCCCCUUGAAUAAACACUUGUUUCUCUAU